AUGGAUGGACGCCUGCAUUCGUCCUCCGCGUCCUCGGCGUCGUCCUUGGAUGUUCUGCCCUAUGACAUAGAUUCGGAGGAAUCGGAGGAUUCUGAGGAUAUGGAUCGGAGGGAUCGGAGACGGCGAACAAACGAAGCAAUGGGUCCCAUGGGUAGAUUCACCUCAAUCGUUGAGGCCAUUCCGAACCCUUUGUUUGCCAGUGGGCUUGCGCAGGCCCCGUGCCUCUACACGAAAGGUGGCGUUCGGUUAGCCUUGCCCGAGAACUUGGCUGACUUACGAGCUUUGUGCAAGCAGGCGCCAUGCGGGCGAGGUACAGAGACCGUCCUUGAUCUAGAGGUCCGGCGUAGCAAGGAAACACAAGAUGUCGACGUGCUGUGGGAUGACUUGGGUCCCGUUCUGUCACAGGCCCGUGCAAGGCUUUGCCCUGACGUGAGGCUCACCGGGACACUCUACAAGGUAUUGCUGUAUGAGCGAGGAGAUUUCUUCCAGGCGCACGUGGACAGCAAGAUUUCUGAUGAUCACAUCAUGACCCUUGUGGUUGACUGUGGAGGACCUUGUGAGGGCGGUCAGCUGAGCUUUCCGGAGCGUGGUUGUGUGGAAAAGGAUCUACCAGCCAAGCGAAAUUGGAGAUCGGAGUGUUCAGGAUCUUGGUGUUGUUUCUUUACCUCUGAUUUCCACUCUGUGGAGGAGGUUACUGCAGGGCAUCGUGUGAUGGUGACCUUCAACAUUUUUGGGCAUCCAGACCCACAAGAAGAUCUCAAGGUGGUGCGUGCUACGAAGAGUCGGGGAUCAAUGCUGUCGUUGCCGCACCACCUGCGCAAGUUGAUGAUCAUCACAAGUGGCAUGCAUGGCGUGUAUCACUGCAGCUGCUCAUGCUCAGCUCUCAGGGACCUUCUAGGUGGACCAUCAGAGAUUCUGCAGCUUUGGCUAAGUGUAUCCCACACGCGCUUGGCAAGAGAGCUUCGAGGACGCACACUUGGUUUUCCCUUCCACAACGCUUACAGUUUUGACAGCUCUGGUGUGUUACGGCCCCAUCAUUUGAGAGGCCGGGACUGGUCUGUUUACAAGGCGUUGGUGGCACUUGGAUUGCACUGCCGCUUGGCGGAGUGUGCGGUGAGUUGUGAAACGAAGAAGCUGUAUGUUCCUGGGGAACAGUGGAAGCUUUCCAGAGCUCGUAUCGGCCAGGAGAUCACAGAGCCUUUGGACCCAGAGCCUUUGGAGAAUUCUGCAUAUCCUCAGAGGACAUUUGCGAUCCCUUCAGAACUCCGAGACUUAGCCGGAGCUGAGGCCUUGAGCCAGAGGGAGGUGUUCUUCUUGGAAGAGACCAAUUCGGAAAAUGACAUGCCUCUUCCUCGCACUGUUUGGCCUUUCCGCGGCAUCACUUGGGCGGUGUCCCGCAGAUAUUUUAAGGAGCGUUUGCUUCAAGAGUCUAAGUGGGACUCCGUUUCAAAGACGCUCUCGGGCAAUCAGGCUGCUUUUCGCAUGUUCUACUAUCGACGUGCAGCCCUCUUCUGUGAGAUGGGACCCCGCAGCCAGAGACGUCACAAGUUCGAUCCGGAUUUUUACAAUAACUCUCCGAGAGGUUUCUCUACUUCAGACAAUGAAUCUGGAGAUGAUGAGGUGCUGGAAUAA